AUGUCCAUUGCAAGCAAUUUAAGAGAGUUUUUCUCUUUGGGGGCUCUAGAUUCAAGACUCGAACCCUCAAAAAGUGGUCAAGAUAAGAAACAGCAGGUUAUAAAAAAGGGAGCAAAGCCGUCGAAAUGGGGUAGCUUUGAAUUCAAAUUCUACUAUAUCAUAUUCAUCAUAGCAGUGCCAUUGAUGUUCAAGGCAGGAAUGGAUGCUUCAAACGAAACUAACCCAAACUAUCCCCGCUAUGAGCGCUUGUUGAGUAACGGAUGGAUACUAGGUCGGAAGGUGGACAACUCAGACCAACAGUAUCGAUUUUUUCGAGACAACUUGUUCCUUCUUUGCUUACUAGGAGUUAUACACGUGUCAUUGAGAAAGAUUUUAACCCCAAUAUUGUCAAUACGGAAAAGAACUUAUUUCGAUUUGGUUUUUGGAAUCAUUUUUUUGGUUGGUGCUCAUGGGGUGAAUGUUAUCAAAAUAUCCCUUCAUUUGACAAUCAAUUACGUAAUCGGGAGGUACAUAAAGGACAAGAAAGUAGCAAUUUGGACCACUUGGAUAUACGGCGUAUCAACAUUAUUUUUAAAUGAUUGGUAUGGAAUGAAUAAGUAUGGCAUCGCCUUUUUGGAUCAGGGCUUUAAAGGUAUUAUAGCCCGUUGGGAUGUUUUUUACAAUUUUACCCUACUUCGAAUGAUAUCUUACAAUCUUGAUUACAUUGAAAGGGAGCACAAUUUGAGCAAAUCCAAUGUAAAGGGUGGAUCACUAGUCGAUCUCAAUGACCGUGAAAGAUUGACAGCUCCGUUGCCACUAGAAGACUAUAAUGUCUUUAACUAUAUCGCAUAUGUAUUGUACACUCCAUUAUUCAUAGCUGGACCUAUCUUAACAUUCAACGACUACAUAUACCAAUCUAACUACCAACAAGCUUCCUCGGUGAAAGACAAGAAGCGGAUAUUUAUCUACUUCCUUCGAUUUGUCUUUUGUUUAUUAGUUAUGGAAUUUAUUUUGCAUUUCAUGUAUGUUGUUGCGGUAUCUAAAACGAAGGCAUGGGAUGGUGACACCCCUUUUCAAAUUUCCAUGUUGGGACUCUUCAACCUUAAUAUAAUCUGGUUGAAGCUUUUGAUUCCUUGGAGAUUAUUCCGACUCUGGAGUUUAUUGGACGGUAUUGAUCCUCCUGAAAACAUGAUUCGAUGCAUGGAUAACAACUUUUCGGCCCUUGCAUUUUGGCGAGCAUGGCAUAGGUCAUUUAACAGGUGGGUUAUUAGGUACAUAUACGUUCCAAUGGGAGGGGGUGGAAGUUACCGUCUUUUGAACAGUUUAUUGGUAUUUAGCUUUGUUGCAAUUUGGCAUGACAUUGAAUUGAGAUUACUCAUGUGGGGUUGGUUGAUUGUAUUAUUUUUGAUUCCUGAACUCGCUGCUACUAUGUUUUUCAAAAAAUACGAUCAGGAAUGGUGGUACAGGCACUUAUGUGGAUUGGGUGCUGUGGUGAAUAUAUGGAUGAUGAUGAUUGCAAACCUUGUGGGCUUUUGUCUCGGCAAAGAUGGAACGUUGCAGUUGAUUAGUGAAAUUUUCCGAUCAGUACUGGGUAUAUCAUUUUUCAUAGUCUCAUCGUUUACAUUAUAUGUUGGUGCCCAGGUGAUGUUUGAACUAAGAGAAAGCGAGAGAAGGUCAGGAAUUGAUGUGAGGUGCUGA